AUGGCGUACGCAGACGAUGUCACAGUUAUUAAAGACCAGCUGGAGAUGGAUGUUUUAACUAAUCACCUGAACUUAUAUGAACUAGCUUCCGGAGGCUCUUUAAAAAAAAAAAAAAAAAAAGAAAAAGGAGGAAAAGGACUCGGUAAAGGAGGCGCUAAGCGUCACCGUAAAGUUCUCCGUGAUAACAUCCAGGGCAUCACCAAACCCGCUAUCCACUGUCUGGCUCGCCGCGGCGGAGUGAAGCGUAUCUCCGGUCUGAUCUACGAGGAGACCCGCGGUGUGCUGAAGGUGUUCCUGGAGAACGUGAUUCGUGAUGCCGUCACCUACACCGAGCACGCCAAGAGGAAGACGGUGACCGCCAUGGAUGUGGUGUACGCUCUGAAGAGACAGGGCCGCACCCUGUACGGCUUCGGGGGUUAAACCUGAUUCUGACCCGCU